AUGAAUGCAUUCAUGAUAUUUUCCAAACGGCAUCGGCCGCUCGUACAUGAGAAAUAUCCGAAUCGGGACAAUCGCACUGUUUCGAAAAUUCUCGGAGAAUGGUGGUAUGCACUGGGCCUUGAGGAGAAGCAAAAAUAUCAUGAUCUUGCCACUCAGGUCAAAGAAGCCCAUUUUCGAGCCCAUCCUGAUUGGAAAUGGUGCAAUCGCGAGCGAAAGAAAACAGGAAGUAGUAAUAGGAAGGAAAUCGAACAACAUGAUUAUGUGAGUAGCAACAAUGAUCUCGAUAUUUCGGAUCAAAUGGCGUCAGAAUGCAUGGACGGGAAACCUCUUCCACUACUCAGUCCAACUACACCUGUUAUGAUGAGAUCGAUUGUCAAUUCGGAAGUUGAUACUGUGAGUUUAUUUAUCCGGCGAAGCGUAUGUUUUCAUUUGCUGCGUGUUUGCUUUAAGCAUGUUGACCAGAAGAAUCAGGUUAUUUUUUUGAUCAAACAGAGUUGA